CGGAGGCGAACGUGCGGCUCACACGAUCAUGCGCACGCUCCUCGCAAGUUGCGUACACUCGAAAGAUGGAUUCCGCGCGGCGAACGGCAAGGAGGCGCCGUAUUUUUCAAGUCACACGCGUCGGCAGGGAGGCGCCGUCUUUUUCACGGCGCACGCAUCCGCGAGAUUUCGAAUUCAAAAUUUUGAAGUUAUGGGGAACCGCGCUUUUCACCGAUCCGUCGACUCCCGCCCAAGGCCCACCGCAUUCUGUACCACGGACACCGCCGAGGAAUGGACGGACAUCGGCGGCGCGGCUGUGUAUACGCGUGAGGUGAUUGAAGACGGGGAAGAGAAACGGUUUGUGGUGAAGGGCUUGGUUAACGAGGUGAAAGACGAAUUCCUAAAGGAGAGGUCUGUUCUAGUUAUUUUCCAAGGGGAAGCUCGCAAUUUGGCAAGAUCAGUCAAGGAGGAUUUGAUACGAGCGUACGAGGACGGGUGGACAGCCAGGAGACUGUUCGAUCCAGGGCUCAGACGGGGUCGAGUAAAGUUUGACAGCCCAAAUGUUGCCUCCUAUAUGGCAAAGGCGAAAGAAAUUGCACAGUGGUUACUACGGGAAGGUGAACUGAAGAUCAAGCUGGAACAGAAGGAAUACAUGGUCCAGUUCAAGCCUCGCCUGACCAAGCAGGAGAUGCAAAACGUACGGAUACAAGAAGCAGCAAUGAAGUUCUGGAUUAUGGCAUUAAGGGUCCCUCUUAAUGCAUACUACUAUCCGUUGAGCGCAGUCAAGUGGAUUUUUGGGGAGGUCAUUGCAAUGCACAAUCCAGAAUACGACAGAGACAGGCCAAAGCUGAUGAACGUGAAGUUUGACAUGCCACCGGAAGCUCGCUACCGAAUAGAUGACGACCUGGUGAUCGAAUCUCCGGAGGGGGAAAGGUGGAAAGUGGAAAUUGUGUCUCCGUACACGGACUGGUGUCGUCGGUGCACGUGGUACUAUCACACGGAGGAAAGUUGCCCCCGCCAUCAAGCUGACGAAGGUCGUAGGGUCAAUGGCGUGCGACAGGGAGGGGCCCGGAGGGCACAAAGCACGAUUUCGGGAGUUCAUCCAAAGUCAAGGGAGUCCAUCUGGAGGGGUAGCUGGAGGAGGGGAGGAAAUCGUCCGGUCUCAGAGGCCGGCCCCGCAGGCCUCGCGGAGGGACACGCCGAUGCAGAGCACUCAGUUACAUCAACGGGAUAACCAGCACCAACCAAGCCUGAAUAGCGCAGGCCAAAUGCACCACCAACACCAGGCACAUGCGCAACAG